GGAGCGGGAGAUCAGGCGGCGGAGCGCGGCCCGGGCAGGCGGAUGGAGCGGGCGGAGCCGCCGGCCGCCACCUUCGAGCGGCGGGUGCUGCGAAGCGCGGCGGAGCACCACUACCUGCGCGUCCGCCUGGAGCUGCCGGACGGCGGGACCCGGCCUAGCGUCGCGCAGUUCAAGCAGCUGGUGGUGUCGGCGCUGAGGGAGCUGCACGGAGAGGUUGGAGCAGCUUUACCUGUUGAUGUCUUAACAUAUGAGGAAAAAACUCUGUCUGCCAUAUUAAGAGUUAUUAGCAGUGGCCUUGUUAAGCUGUGGAGUGCUCUGACAUUGCUGGGCUCCUACCAGAACAGGCGCUGUGCCUUUCGAGUGCUGCAGGCAUCUCCAUUUCUUCUUGCAUUAUCUGGCAACAGUAGAGAACUAGUCUUGGACUGAAUGCAGUUGUUGGUUUGGCUCUACAAAGCAGAAGUUUCCCAAGAUGUUGCAGGCCUUCAGGUGUGGACUUUCUGGAGGAGUUUUCCGACAAAGAGCCUUGACAAAGCUCACAGUUACCAACUCACUGCUUGGACAUCCCUUGCUUCAGAGUUUACACAUAAAAGUUGGAGACAAAGCUGAACUUAGCAAAGCUUUUACACAGAAUGAUGUUGUUACCUUUUCUGAUUUAACAGGUGACACAAAUCCUUUGCAUUUAAAUGAAGAUUUUGCAAAGAAAUCUAGGUUUGGGAGAACUAUUGUACAUGGAGUUUUGAUCAAUGGACUCAUUUCUGCAGUUCUGGGUACUAAAAUGCCCGGCCAAGGCUGUAUAUUUCUGUCUCAGGAGAUCCGGUUUCCAGCUCCUCUGUAUACUGGUGAAGAAGUUGUAGCUGCAGCAGAAGUUAAACGACUCAAGGGUUCUGUUGCUCACAUUUCAGUAUCAUGUAAAGUCAAAGAAAGUGAAAAGACUGUGAUGGAGGGGAUGGUGAAAGUCAUGGUGCCAGGCACCUCUCAGACCUGUUGAGCCCAUGCUGCAUUACUGUAAAGGUCAGAAAUGU